AUGUCUGAAUUGUCAUCUCCUAAUAGAACAUCUCCAGGAUUGUCGGAUUCUUUACAAUUUUCAUAUUCACCAACAUUUUCACUUCCAGAUAAUUUAUCACCAUCAGAAACAAAUCGUCUAUUACAAAUAAUACCAAGUUUAAAGCAAUCUUUAUACGAAGAAAGAUCUAAAUUUGAAUAUAUAUCUAAUUCACUUAUUAAAUGUGAUGAAGAAAAAAGAUUUCUCAUUGCUGAAAAUGAAAGUUUGGUAUUUAGGAAUGAACAAUUAGUUAAAAAAGUAGAAUCAUUACAAGAAAGUUUAAGAGAGACCAAAAAAAUUAUUGAUGAAAAGAAGAAAACAUUUAAAUUUGGUUUAUUUGGAAAAAAUAAAAGAAAAGGGCAGUUAUCAAAUAAGGCUAGUGAUGAUAAUACUUCCCUAGAUCCGGGACUCCUUGAGGAAGAGUUAUCCUUUAGAGUAAAUGAAAAUGAAAAUUUACAAAGAAAAAUUGACAUUCUGGAACAUGAAAUUGAACAGAGUCAAAAACUUUCCAAUGACAGAAUAAAAAUUUUAGAAGAAAAAAACCAAAAACUUGAGAAAGAAUUAAAUGAAAAUUUGAAGGAGAAAGAGGCAUUAAGAGCAAAAAUAAAAUAUAGCAAUAAAAAUAUUUAUCAAGAUAACUUUAGUGAAAAAAAUAUUAUUGAUGAGAGUUAUAUUGAUACAUCAUCAUCAAAAAAAACCCAUGAUUCACCAUUAAUAAUAAAUGUUAUUGAGGAAAAGAUACCAUCAAAAUCUGAGGAACAUUUGAAAGAGUUAAAAACAAAUAACAUUGAAAAUAAUUGUAGAGAUUUUGAAGAGAUAUUAAAAUUAACAAAAAAUGUAACAGAGUUAUAUCAACAUUUAUUUGUUUUAUUAAAUAAAAGAACAUCAAUUUAUCCUCGGGACUCACAGUUAGAAAUGUUAACACCAUCUCUUAAUCAUUUGUCAACAAUUUUAACAAAUAUUAUUAAUAUUUUUGAAAAAUGGAAUAUGACAUCAAAUUCUUUUAAAAAUAAUAAUGAUUUUAUGAUGGCAAAUAUUCAUGAUGAGUUAUUUAACUCAUUAAAAGAAUUAUUUUCUGAUUUAAAAUCUUGUAUGAAAAUUUGUAUAGAUGAGGAGAAUAAGGAAAGUUAUUGUACUCCUAAUUUACAGAGAUUUAAUGAAAAUUUUGUUGAAAAUAUGUAUCAAUUAUUAGAUAUUGUUAUAAAUCAACAAAAUAUAAGUUGUUUAUUAAAUAUAGACAAAAAGUCAUCAAAAGUUUUAUCAUUUAUAGAAAGCCUAAAAAUAUCAACAAAAAAAAUUUCUGAUGAAUUUGUUAAUAAAAUUCUUAUAGAAAAUAGAUUACCAAUAGCAAAUAAAAAAUUAAAAAAUACAAAUGAUGAUAUUUCAAAAAUUCUUAUAGGAAUUGUAGAUCAUUUGAUUAAACUUGAAAUUCACAUUGUAAAUAGAAAAAGUGAUAUAAACAAACUAGCAUCUCCUAUACAACCUUUGACAAAAAAAAGUAUGUCAGAAGAAGAAAAUGAUAAUUUUAUUGAUAACAUUGAUAAUGAGAAUGAGGAAAAUGUUCCAAAGUCAAUUGAACUUCUUAAAACAAUUAUAUAUAAAUUACAAGUUGAAAUUUCAAUUUUAAAACAAAACAUUCCAUAUAAUCAUGAUAACUUUGAUAUAAAUCAAAUUGAUAAAAUGUAUAUUCAAAAAUUUAAAGAAAUUGUUAGAAAAUUAGAAUAUUGUAGAGGGUGUACAAGAUUUUAUAAAAAUAUGGUUGAUAACUUACUUAUAAAACUUAACAAUUCUAAUGAGCGUAAUAAAAUAUUAUCUGAGGAAUUAUCAGAAGGAAAGAAAGCAUUGAAACAUUUAAGUGAAGACUUAGAUACUACCAGAUUUAAUUAUGAUGAGCAAAUGAAAACUAUUCUAGACAAGAAAUUUAAACUUAUCUUUGAAAUGGCAUUUUUUGCUCAAAUUUAUAUUACCAUAAAACAAAAUGUUCAUGGAAUUUUUAAAUCACUAGCUCCAUUAUUAAUACUUUCAAUUUUUACUGUUCUUGGUGCAUUUAUUUUUCUUACAUUAGAAAGUUCUACUGAAUUGGAAAAUAUUCAUAAUAAAUAUAAUGAAAGAGAAAAAUAUAUAGAGUCCACAGCAUAUAGACUUAAUACGAUCAAGAGUAUGUCACCAAUUCAAGCAUAUAAUCAUACAAUAAAAACAUUAAAAGAAUUUAUUAAAAGUAUUGGAGCAGACCUUCCAACUGAAGAUGAGGCAUUAUGGACAUUUUGGGGUGCUUUAUAUUAUUCAGUAACUGUUUAUACAACUAUUGGUUAUGGUAAUAUUGCCUGUGAAACAACAUUAGGACGUUUUGUUACAAUUAUAUAUGCUUUUAUUGGAAUUCCAUUAGCUUUACUUUGCCUUAUUGGUUUAGGUUCAACAAUGGCUUCAGGAUGUAAAUAUAUAUGGAAAGUGGUACAUAAAGCUGGAAAAGUUGUUAAUAUUAAUUUAGAAGAUAAGAUGGAAGAAAUUGUACCAGACCAAAAAGUAGAAAAUGAUUCUAGUGAUAGCAAUGAUAGUAAUGAUUUACUUAAUUUUCCCAUUAGUUUUCUCCUACUUAUUGCAAUAGUAUUUGUAUUACUUGUUGCUGGAGUUUUCUUGUUAAUUGAAGAUGACUGGACAUAUGGAACAAGUUUAUAUUUUUCAUUAAUAAGUUUCUUAACAAUUGGUUUUGGAGAUGUAACACCAAAAAGUGAAAAUAUAAUUUUAGUUGCUCUUCUUCUUCUUUUUGGUUUAUCAUUAAUUUCAACAGUCCUUAAUAUUAUACAACAACAAAUCGAAGAAUUGACACUUGGUAUGCAAAGUUCAAUUGAUAAAGAAUAUAUGGAUGCACUUGAGAAAGCUGAACAAUCUGGUGAAAUAACAAAAAAAGAAUCUGAAGCAAUACGUCGGUCUAGUCAAGUAACUGAUGCAGUAAAUAACAAACAAGAAGGACAGGGUGAAACUACUAUAUUAAUUGAUAAUGAUGUAAAGUCAGAUGAAAAAGAAUCUAAAAAUAUAGAUCCUAAAACACUUGAUAUUAUCAUUAAAAAAAUGCCAUUGAAAAGUCGUUUGAUGUAUUAUGCAAUGCCUGAAAAUAACAAAAAGAGAUUACUAGAACAUGUAGAGGCAAAGAAUCGAUUAAAUAAUAUGGGAACACAAACAGAAGAUUGGUUUUUUAAAAAAAGGUUGGAUCGUACUAUAUCAACAGAAAAAUGA